AUGACAACCAGAAGACAACAAUUUGAUGUUACAAUUUCCAACUUAGAAGAUAUUAUUAUACUUGAAGAUACACGUGAUUAUGAUAGAGUAGAAAGAAGAAAUUUAUGGGGUCAAAACUCACUUUUGUCUUUGUCUGAAGAAGAAGUUUUAAAACAUAUUAAAGAAUGGAAUUUUGAUUUACCAGUUGAGGAGGAUCUAAUUGCCUCAAUUAAAAAAACAACAAUGAAUGAUUUAUUUUCAUUAUUUAAAAAUUAUUUAAAUAAUGAAAAUAAUUUAGACCUUCAGUCAUUUAUCCCUUCUUGUGAAUUUAUUGAUUAUGAUUUAGGAAAAUUACCUUGUUUUUCUUUACUUUUUCGAACAUUAAGAGAAGAAAAAUCAAUUAAAUUAAGACAAGGAGGUUUAAAUGACUACUUUGAUACUAUUUCAAUAUGGAGAAAAUUGGAUUAUCUUAAUAAAAUACCUGAAAAUCAUAAAGCUGGAGAUAAAAAAGCAUGUGCUAAUUUUUUUUUAAAAAAAUUAAACGAGGAAUUGUUGGAAUAUGACAAUGUUAGAACAAUAGAAGUAGGAAGUGGCAAACAAAUGGAUACUGAAAAUACUUCAGUUGAGAAGCUUAAAGAAGAUGGCUAUGAAAUAAUUGAUG